CAUCACAGUCCGCGUGCGACUCUCAGACGCGCCACCCGCAACCAUGCCGCGAAACGAUGAAGCCCGGGGCGUGAGCGGAGCCAUCCGCGUACACUGGCGCGCGGUACUAGCGGAGCUGGUAGCGACAGCGCUUCUGGUGCUACUGGGCAUCGCGUCAUUGGUGCCUAAGAUCUCACAGACAGGCACACUAAUAGCCCCGCCGUUGGCGAACCCGGCGCUGGCUUUUGGCUUCGUAGUGCUGUGUCUAGCGCAGGCAUUCGGCGACGUAUCCGGAGCGCACAUGAACACAGCCAUCACUCUGGCGUCUACGCUGCUCGGUCGCACGCCAAUCAUGCUAGGCGUGGCGUACGCGAUCGCGCAAAUGAUAGGCGCCACACUUGGUUAUGCGGCGCUAUACUCUAUAACGCCACAAAUAAUACUUAACGACAUACCAGCGCUAGGCGUGACGCUACCAGCUACUGGAUUCAGCCCCUUGGCCGCGACGGUAGUUGAGGCACUGAUCACUGGUCUCGUGACGCUUCUGGCUUGCUCGCUGUGGACGGGCAAGCAUGAUCCCACCGCGCCGAUCAAGCUUGGACUUGUCAUAGCUGGAUGUGUGUACGUUGGGGGUGAAAUGACCGGAGCCAGCCUUAACCCCGCACGUAGCUUCGGACCUGCGCUGGUCACGCGGCACUGGGAAUAUCAAUGGGUAUACUGGGUAGGCCCGCUCGCCGGAGCGGCGCUCUUCGCGCUGCUGCACAAAUACGUGCUCGCACCGCAGGCGCACAAGCCGCCGCCGCCGGAGCGCGAAGAAAUGCCGCUCAACGACAAGAAUAACGCGGCUUAAAAAUAUAGUUAACGAGUAUAUAUGGGGCAUUUUCUAUGAAAAAGGACCU